UCUCUCUCUCCUCCUCCUCCUCCUUCUUCUUCCUCCUCACUUCAGCUCGGUCUGUUUCGCACUAGCCUUCUCUUCAUCUGCCAGCCACUGGAUACCGCACCGUUUCCUCCGUAGUGGUAAUCAUGUCCUCAGUAAUGCAGAAGCUGAUCAGCCCUCAGGCUUGCACCGCUGCUGAGCCUCCCAGGAACAAGGUGACGGUAGUUGGCGUGGGCCAGGUGGGGAUGGCCUGUGCCAUCAGCAUCCUGCUGCGGGACCUGUGUGAUGAGCUGGCUCUGGUGGAUGUGGUUGUGGAUCGUCUGCAAGGAGAAAUGUUGGACUUGCAGCAUGGCAGCCUCUUCCUCAAGACCUCAAAGAUAGUCGCUGACAAAGACUAUGCAGUGACAGCCAACUCUCGUGUGGUUGUGGUGACGGCUGGUGUCCGUCAGCAGGAGGGUGAGAGCCGUCUCAACCUAGUGCAGAGGAACGUCAACGUCUUCAAGUCCAUUGUCCCACAGAUCGUCAAGUACAGCCCCAACUGCACGAUACUUGUGGUCUCCAACCCUGUUGAUGUGCUGACCUACGUCACCUGGAAGCUGAGUGGUCUGCCCAAGCACCGUGUCAUUGGCAGCGGCACCAACCUGGACUCGGCCCGCUUUCGGCAAAUGAUGGCCGAACGCCUCGGCAUCCACGCCAGCUCCUUCAAUGGCUGGGUUCUGGGCGAGCAUGGAGACACCAGUGUGCCUGUGUGGAGCGGUGUGAAUGUGGCAGGAGUCAACCUGCAGAAGCUGAAUCCUGAAAUUGGUACUGAUGCUGAUAAGGAACACUGGAAAGCCACACACAAAGCUGUGGUGGACAGUGCCUAUGAGGUGAUCAGGCUGAAGGGAUACACUAACUGGGCCAUUGGUCUGAGUGUGGCCGACCUGACUGAGAGCAUCAUCAUGAACAUGUCCCGGGUCCACCCUGUCUCCACCAUGGUCAAGGGCAUGUUUGGCAUUGGUGAGGAGGUCUUCUUGUCUCUGCCCUGCGUGCUAAAUGGCAGUGGCGUGAACAGCGUGAUCAACAUGACCCUGACAGACAGCGAGGUGGCCCAGCUGAAAAAGAGCGCUGACACUCUGUGGGGCAUCCAGAAGGACCUCAAGGAUGUUUGAACACAGCUGUGAUGCAGAGAGGCCUGUCGACACACACACUCCCUUUAUUUACACACUCCCUCUUGUAUCGUGUAACUCUUAUUUUAAAGGAUAUCAGUGUUCUUAUUAACACAAUUAAUCUUACAUGACUGUCAUUGGCCUUGAUUUGACUGUUUUCACAUCAGUUCUGCAUUUUGCUGACACCUCUAAGUGUAAAAACACUGGUAUGCUCCUUUAAAAAUAACCACAUGCUCCAAACAGCCAGUAGACCGAAGUGGCUCUCUUACUGUUUGUGUUAGGACCUGUGUUACUGUACUCUGUAUGGAUUCUUGUGUUUCAGCUGUUUGGAGCAGGAUCAAACACAACCCUUAAAUUGCCAGAAGUGUCACAGUCCUCACUGUACUGACUUGUUCAUUUAGUUCCCUUUAGGGAAUCACUUAGAGACCCCAAACCUCUAGAGAGAGACCCUAAAAAUCCUUCUGCUUUUGUCCAAAAGUGGUUUUCUGCAGCCGACAGCACAACUGGGUCGACAUGGGUUGAACUUCAACCUUGUGAGUGUGAAGGUUCUUUUUCUUUGGUGUUGCCAAAGACGGAGGGGUAGGGGAGUGGUGAAAAUGGCCAAAUCUGUUGGGACGGGUAUAAACUGUUGGAAAGAGCAACAUAUUCCUUAAUAAAGUAAACAUCAUCAA